UUUUGUUAAUGUUUAUUUGAUUUUUCAUUGAAAAUAUGGUUUUUUUAAUGGAAACUAGGUCUUUUUAAAUCAAAUACCUAAUUGUUUAAGUUUGUUAACUAAAUUUAAUUGUUUACAUUCAAUUAGGUUAAAAAUGGGGGAUAACAAUGAAAACACUGACGAACACCAACUGCAACAACCAAACCCUCAUUUGCCAAACCCCCCCUCAAUUCAGGAUUUGAUUGCACAAAAUUUGAAUGAAUUGAGGGGGAUUGCAGAAGUAUAUCGUAGGAUCCCUCGUCUAAACCCAAUGUUUGAUCCUCUCACGUCGAUCAUAAAAAGUAUGGAAACCAUGACUGAGGAGCAUGAUGCCGCCCUUUUGUGGUGAGAUUCUAUGAGGGAAAAAUAUGCAGAUGGCUUGUCGUAUAAGGAUAGCAAGGAUCUUGAGAUAUCCAAAGCCGAAAUCGCCUCAUUGUUUGUCAAUCCCCGUACUGGUCAACCCGUAGAUCCCAAAAAAAUAAAACUAUCUAUUAAAUGGUGCACAAAUGAUGGGAUUGUGAAAAACUUUUGGGAUCGUUGGUGGAUGGUUUUCGACAAACCACCCAACAACAAUCUUGAUAUCCCCUUCUAUUUUAUAAAAAAAUUGUAUGUUGAGUUUGUUUUACACAAACAUGUGAACUACUUUGACAUCCAACCUUUCCAGGGUGUAGGUUUAGGUAUGCCCCAAAAUAGACCUGGGGCAAUCAGAGUAGUCCAGAGUCGGUAUGUCCCCCCUCCUCCUGUUGAUCCCCCACCUGCAGUGCAACAUCUCGAUAUCAUUCGUGAGGUGGCUUCACGGACCAUAUCGGCUAUUCACUUUUUGAGUAGCCUUUUGGUUUCUCAGGCCGCGUCAGUAGCUCAGCCUACUAUUGAUGGUAGUCGCGCAUCCGGUGGCGUUGACACGUCAUCCUCGGCUCCACACAUAUGUGUGCCCCAUAGUUGUGUCAUGUGUGGGCACGUAUGCUUGGGUCCAGUAGGACAACCCGUCGAUCAUCCUGUGGACAGUGCAGAUUAUGAGGUGCAUGAGAUGCAUGAUGCACCAGAUGUUAUUACACAAACUGGAGGAUACCCUGGGGAGUCCUCACAUGCUAGAGGCGAGGAGGCACCGUUAUCAUACAUUGAUGAUGUAGUGGUAAGAUUUGUAUUUUCACAGUUCAUGUUAUAUUUUAAUUAAAUAUUUAUAAAUUAGAUAAUAUUAAGUACUAAUUUUUAUUUAGAUGGUCUAUUUAACAGUUGAUGAUCGAGGAUGAGUUGAGACAGAUUCAGGAGGGCACCUUGUCGGCCAUUUCAUUUGGCCUUGAUAGCUUGACGGGCACAAGCAGCAUGAGUGCAGAGCAGUGUGAUUUAGGAUUUGGUAGUGCAGUUGGAGACAAAGGAAAGGUAAUUGAAUGC